AUGUGCCACCAGGAGGAGGCCCUAGCAGAGGACCAGGGCUCGCUGGUGUCUCCAGUGAAUCCUAGUAACGCCUCGGGAUUUCCCCGGAAGAGCUGGACAGAGAGGCUGGGAGGAGAGGGAAGUCUGGACUCCUCAGCUAGAUCAGACUGGGAUGUGACCAGACGACACUAUGUCAAACUGUCCAGAGAAGUUAUAGACGACUACACGUUUGAGUGCGAGGUGGGCGGUCAAGCUCAGAGGACCAAGGUGUCUAUCUUCCAGUCGAUGGGAGAUCCACUGGUGUAUGGGAAAAUCUACUGUGCUAAAGAACCAAAAGCAGAGGAGGACAGCACAGACCUAAAGCUCAUACAUCCACCCUUUCUUAUAGGCUCAAAGAUAGACGCAGACCGGUUUCUUAAUCAGUACAAAGGAGUGUAUGAAAGGGAUGUAAAGUGUCAGGUCAAGAUGUCCCAUAACUCAGGCAGCGUGGUACAGGGGCCUCCCUCCCCCAGCAAAGAUGAGGGCGAUGGUAUUUCUUCUCUAGUCCAGACGUCUCUUUUGGGAAAAGGGGUGAAGCACAGACCUCCUCCCAUCAAACUGCCUUCAGGAUCAGGCAGCAGCUCCUCAGGUAAUCCAUUUAGUUCACAAACCACCAGUGGUCUGCUCAAGUGUCCUACGCCCCCUCCAGCCAAAAGCCAGUCUCUGAACAGGAAGCACUCAUUGGAGCUGGGCCAGGUGGGCCUGCUGUCGCCUUCCUCGCUCUCCCCCAUGGGCCCCACGCAGAGAUCAGGAACCCCGAAGCCAUCUACCCCCACACCCACCAACACACCGUGCUCCACCCCGCACCCCUCUGACUCCCUCAUCGCUCCCCUCUCGGUGACCCCCACGCCGUCUGACCCUCCCAUGGUUCAGAACCAGUCGCAGCCCGCUCUCCUCACGCCUUUCGCUCAGCAGCAACUGGCUCUAAGCCAGCCACUGCCGGUCAUGACCAUUCCCCUGCCCACCAUGGGUACGUCCAUCACCACAGGAACCCCCUCAUCACAGGUCAUGGCCAACCCUGCUGGGCUGAAUUUCAUCAACGUGGUCAGCUCCGUCUGCAGUCCUCAGACCCUAAUGAGUGGCUCUAACACCAUGUUGGGUCCAGGCCUUAACCUGAGUGGAAUUCUGCCACCUGGAGGGCUGAUGCCCACCAUGCAAUCCGCGGCACAGACUGGGAGUCAUUUUGGCCUGAACAGCAGUGCUGGGUUGAGACCACUGAACCUACUGCAGAUCCCCGCGGGUCCUCUCAUCUUCAACUCCCUGCAGCAGCAGCAGUUGUCCCAGUUCUCCCCACAGCAGAGUCAGUCAGCCACUUCCAGUCCCCAACAGCAAGGGGAGACGGGUGACCAGGGGUCCGAUCAAAGUUUAGGAAACCAGCAAACAGCGGUCAUUAACCUGGGAGUCGGAGGCUUCAUGUCUCCACAGGCAGCAGUGCUGUCCCAGUUGGGCUGUGGGCUGGACGGGUCUGGGCCCCCGCUGCCUUCUCCAAGGCUUCAGCAGCAGCACCAGCCACAGAUCCAAUUGCAAUUCUUGCAGCACCAAAUGCAGCAGCAGCAGCAAAUGGCUAUGGGAGCGGCGGCUCCACAGGGGGCAGUGCCACGGCAACAUAUCGCCAGCCAGCCAAGAAGUAAGAGGAAGAGGAGCACGCCACAGCCCCUCCCUAAGUCGUGACAGACUGAAAACACACUAAAAGCCGACCCCCCCCCACCCCCAGCUACACACGGUCAUGAAUGAUCCAUACUGUGCUCUUUGUCUGCCUCAUUGUGGAGACUACAGACGAAAAAACAAAAAAAAAAGGACUUUUUCUGCCAUUUGUUUGUCUUUUUCUAGCUGACAAAUUUGUAUGUAAUGGUUGUCAGAGGUUUUGGAGAACCAAAACUGUGUCCACCAUAGAGGAAGUGGAGGUUUUUAUACAACAUGGAGCCUUAUGCUUAAAGAACCUGAGACAUAUUUUUUGACAUGAGACAGGAAAAAUGGUUCUCGUUAGUAGUGGGCUUCCUUCCACAAUAAAUCUUUUUUUGUUUUUUCUAUGGAGGCCCCGCAGACUGAGGGGAUCAUAAUCCUGAUCCUCCCUCUGCUCCCUCUGCUUGGUUGACCCCGCUGGUAGAAACUGCCCUUUAAGCACGGAUCCCCACUGAGCUUCUUGACACCAAAUCCUCCACAUAACCAUUACAUGUGAAAAUGCAAACCCGAUCUUGGAGUAGUGCCUGGGGGCAGCUUUCUACCUCUCCGUCUGUUGGAAGUCUUUUCUUCUUCUGAGGACACUUUUCCCGGCACAGAGCUCAAACCCGAGGUCUCAAGAUCAACAUGCAAGACGGUGUACCUGCUUUUGAACAGCACAUUUUGAAAAAGGCAUUUCCCUUUUUAAUGAGUUCAGGAGCCAUGAGCGUAUUCUUACGAGACAUCAACUGACUGUGUGUGUGUGUGUGUGUGCGCGCGCGUGCGUGUGUGUGUGUGUGUGAGAUGUUUCCGGACACUGAGAAAUAAUUUUUUAAGCAGUCUUUGUCAGCAGUUUUAUUGUUAUUAAAAAGAAUAUAUAUUGACAGUGGAAAAUACAGCUUUUAGAUAAAAAAAAAAUGAACAUGGUCUCCCUCUGGUUCUUUAUUGUGUCGUCUUCACACUGUGUAUGACUUUAUUGAUGAGUUUCUGGAUCUCUCUCUGUCGCAGUGUCGCACGGCUGAUGCACUCCUGCAGCUUCUCUCCCGACAAUGGCGUCCCACCUGAGUCGCAGCCAAAGAUUGUUAACGUCGAUGUUUGUCAACACCUAACAGCCGAAGCCUCAUUUAUACACAAUUUUCAGAUUCACAGUCCACUUCCAGACCAUAUGGACCCAACUCUUUACCUUAAAGCUCCAGUGACCUCGUGAGUAAUUACCACAACACUGCAGACCUGAUUUGACCUAGUUUUUCUCACUCAAGAGCAACAGAAACAGCCGUUGCAAUUUUUUCUCUCUACAUUAUGUCACGUGUGCAAUAUCUGAAACUUUUCAUGGGCACGUCUUGGUGUUUUCAGCCAUAGUGCUCCAGUAUGAAGCGCUUCGUCAUAGUCUUCGUCAGCAUUGUGUGAACUUGUUUGAGAAGGAUUUGAAUCGAACAGACUCCAACUUUAAAAUAACCAUUUCAAAGUAGGUCAUUGUAUAUAAAUGUAAUAGUGACUCCUGUUUCUGUCCACGCACUAUAAACGUUUGAGUGGGUAAAAAAACUGUAAGACUUCAAACUAAAGACAACUUGAAGAAUACGCAUUAAUGACUAAACUGCUUCCUUCUCGACUGCUUCAUUUAAAGUGGAAAUUAAAUGUCCUCCUUGCUCUCCAUACGUUAUAUAAUUCAAAUGUCUAAAAGUAUAUCUGAAAUACACAAUGUAACCCAAUAAACUCAACUUUUUAUUUGCUUUAA